AACCAUGGUGGAAAUUAUGUGGCUCGGACAGGCUUGCUUCUACAUUCGUUGCAACGGAACGAGUGUGGUGCUGGAUCCCUACUUCCAGCAGGAGAAGUGCCCCAACCCCAUUCCUGAAUGUGUUUAUGAGGCUGAUUGGCUUCUGGUCUCUCAUGCUCACCACGACCACAUCGAUGACGCCUUCCCCUUGAUGAGAAGAAACCCCAAGAUGCGAACGAACCUCAGCGUCGAGCUUGGUGAGUACUUCUGCUGCAACGGCUUCGAAGACCGUGUGCGCAAGAUGAACAAGGGUGCCACCGUUCCCAUGUCGGGAGGUUUCAAGGUUGCCUUUGUGCAUGCUGAGCACUCUUCCGGAAUGCGCACUGAGGAUGGCAGCUACGUCGGCGGAGAGGCCAACAGCUUCAUUCUGUUCACUCCCGAUAACCAUGUGAUCUACUUCACUGGUGACACUGCUCUUCAUGGAGACAUGGCGCUCAUCAACGAGUACUACAAGCCCGAUAUUGCUCUGAUGUGCAUGGGAGGAGACUUCGCGAUGGGUCCUAGCGAGGCUGCGUUCGCUGUGAACCGCUUCUUCACGCACGCGAAGACGGUGGUGCCGAUGCACUACGGAACGCAGGGAUGCCCCGGUACUCCUGAGGAGAUGAAGGCGGAGCUGAAGAGAGACGACGUGAACUUCCUGGUCGUGGAGCCUGGCAAGAUGUACACCUUGUAAAGGAGCGAUUGUAUGACUGAU